AUGCAGGCACGGCCAGGUGACGGCCCGGGAGGUGUUGGUGCGUGUUUUGUCGGUGGGCUUAUGGCCAUGCCCGUGCCGUCAUCCCGUCAAUCGUUCCGUUACAGUGGUUCACGGCCCCGUCCUUCUGAGCAGGCGCGCACCACCACUCAGACUGACAGUGCGGCGGACGAGGAGGAGGACGAGGACGAUGAGGGGGAGGAUGAGGAGGAGGAGGAGGAGGAGGAGGGUAGCGGUGACGAUAGGAUCAAGAGCUACAUGUCGAAGAAACUGUCAGAAGUGGAGCUUCGUCAGGCGAUCGCAAAACUGGUGGUGACCUGCGACCUACCUUUCAAAAUUGUGGAGAGUGAGGCGAACUUCAUACCGUCGCGCUGGACGGUGGCACGCGACACUGUGGCGUUUGCUGCGGCCGCUCUGUCGGCCGCCAAAGCGGAGCUGCUGGAGAAGGAGGGGGAGUUGGGGUGCAAGGUGUCAUACACCAUUGACAUCUGGACUGCACCCAAUGGGAAGGCGUGGCUAGUUGUCACGGGUCACUGGAUAGACGAGUCUUUCCAGCUACGCGAGGCAGUGCUCGAGUUUCGCGAGCUGACGGGUCGUCAUGGAGCAGUGCAGAUCGCGCAGGUCGUGGAGGACACGGUGGUGAUGUGGGGGUUGGAGGGGCGUUGUCUGGGCCUCACCUCAGACAACGCCUCGGCCAACAUUGCCGCGUUUAGGAGGCUGUCGGAGGAGGGUGGUGGUCGACGUUUCUUCAACACCCGCCUGCACUUCAGACCGUGUGUCAAUGCAUCCCAAAACCCAUGCCUAUGGCGCUAUGAUCGGCAGGUGCAUAUCACAUGUGGUCAACCUGGCAGUGCAGGCAGGAUUGAAGGAGGCCAUUCGCAACCUGUUGAAGGUGCUCAGGGACAUGGCGAGCUGGGUUGGGUUCUCGCCCCAGCGUUCGGCAGCGUUCCUUGGACUGCAGCGCAGCUUGAACCUGCAGGCCCGUGUCAAAAAACCAGCCUUGAAGCUGGUGGCCUGUCGAAGCUAGACAAGGAUAAGGUCGAGAAGAUGCGCCUGUCUGACGAGCAGUGGGACAUGUUGAAGGAGCUGAGAACAUUUCUCAGCCCCUUCAACAAGGUCUCCAAGGCAGCCGAGGGGACGGCGUACCCGACGCUGUCGAUGGUGACGCCGUACUACAGCGGCCUUAUCGACGCCAUGGAGGCCCGACUGGCGAAGGGGCCCUCUACGCUGCUGAAGCCGUUGGUCGAGAAGGCGCUGAGAAUCCUGAAGAAGUACGAGUACAUCAGCAGCAACGAGGGCUGGAUCGCCACCUUCCUGGAUCCUUCCAUGAAGGCAGCGUGGUUCGACGACCCCCACUGGGAGACGCAGCAUCCAGAGACGGCUCAGAGGGAGAGGACGCGACCUGCGUCGAGCGUGGUGAUCGCGCUGGUACGUGAUCGGGUGGCCGAGUACCAGGCAGCGGCGAGGGAGCUGGCUCCUAGGCCCACCACACUUCCCACGGUGGUCGAGGAGGAGGAGGGAGAGAAAGGGGCGGAGGACGAGGACGACCUGUAUCUCCCUAGUCGACGACGCCUUGCGGCGCGUCUGUCUGCGAGCCAGGCGGCGGGGGGGGGAGGUCUUGUGCAGGAUGACGAGGUCAGCAGGUACUUGUCGGAGAGGGUGCGGUACGACGUGUCAGGGCUAGAGUACUGGCGCACCUCCACGAACAUGGAGACGCUGAAGCGGAUGGCGAGGGACUAUCUCGCCAUCCCUGCCACGUCUGCUGCGAGCGAGCGGGUGUUCUCAUUGGGCCGCAACCUCAUUUCGUGGAAGCGUCACCGCCUGAACUCCGAGAGGGCGCGAGCCUGCAUGAUUCUCCGCUCGUGGUAUGGAUCGCACCCUGGCCAGAGGAUCGGCGAGGGCCGCCGCUCGAAGGGUGCUGCAGCAUUGGAGAUUGUUAUAGAGGGCGAGGGUGCGGAGGAGGAGGAGGAGGAAGAGGAGGAGGAGGAGGAGGAGGAGGAGGAGGAGGAGGAGGAGGAGGAGGAGGAGGAGGAGGAGGAGGAGGAGGAGGAGGAGGCUGAGGUGGAGGUGGAGAAGGCGCCGGCGGAGGAGGUGGAGGUGGAGGCGGGGGAGGGGAGAGGGGUGGACGCAGCAGCAGGUGGAGGGGAUGAUGGUGUUGGUAGCGAGGGUGGAACAUGGACCUAG